AUCACAUAAAUAUGGGGCAGUCAUUUAAACUUAUUAAUUUUUUGUAAUACUGUGUUUAAGCUAGCUAUUGCAGAGUGGUCCUGCCCAUGCCAAAACUUGUUGCAAAUCCAGUGUUGGCCCUAAAACAUCAAAGCCUGAGUCAAUCUCAUGCUAUUUUCUACUACAUCAUAAUGGGAAAAAUAUAUCAACUAAAGGAAAGGAAUUCAUUUUCCAAAACUUCUGAGAGCUUUAGUUAAAUAGUGUGACCUGACUGGGAUCUUACUGUUUACCUGCACACUACUCUGCAAAGACAUAGUCAGAGAAACGGAAAAGCAUUGUUACUUGUUCUAACCGCUGAACAGGAUAAUGCACCUUUUUAAUGAAUGAAAGUAUCAGACAGUUGCAGAAUGGAAAAAGAGAGUCCAGGAUGCUACUUCUAAUAACAUACAGGCGAGCAGCAGCACAAACAACCUAAUGACAUGAAAAUGAAAUGUGUAAAUUUAACCAGUAGACGGAGAUACGAUCACAGCAGCAAAAGUUCCUCACAGAACAGUGAGAGGCCUUUUUAAAACACUCUGAAAAGCCACUGUCAGGAGCAUUUUUUUGCAGCAGAAAUCCCCUUGGUUGUAACGCCUUAAGUUUUUUGAACCAGAUGCACAUACUUGAAGCAGUUAAACACAUAUUAAACUGUAUGCACAGCAAUUUAAAGGUGUUGCGUAGGACAUGCGGUUGUUGAGUGAUUCACCCAUUCCAAACAUAAAUGAUAUGCUUGGCUGUAGAGCAGUAAAAUUCUUUUUAAGCAUAAUUCUACAACUUGAGAUGAAGCAAGGUAUAACAGCAGUAAUUCUUAAACAAGGCAUAAGAAUCUGGAAUGUAGAGGCACAGUUUUAGAAAGACCUGAGUUUAAAAGAAAAAGGAGGUAGGAGGGGAAGGUGAAUCUCAAAAUGAAGCAAAAUUAGUUCAUUUUUUAGAAAGCUAUCUGUACAGAAAGGGUAAUGAGUUAGUAAUUGAGGUAAUGAAUUAAUAAUUAGGAUGUGUUUUAUAUUGAUUUCUCAGGGCAUUUUAUUCUCUUAGCAAACCAUCUAUACUCAGAACAAGUUACUUUUUUUUGUCACUGAGUGCACGCUUGUCUUUUACACUAUGGUACGUGGAACUCUGUAAGAGCAAAGCUCACUGCAGCUGAGAGUGUUUUUAACAGCAAUACCUCAACGCUUAACAACAUGAUUCAGUAAGUCUGUUGCAGGCCAUGCACCAAACCUGGUGCAAGCGUCAGAACGUGCAUCUUGUGACUGAUUCCUGCUCUGGUGGGCGGGUGCACAUGAGGAAGCACACCAGAUAAGCAGAAAAGUAAUUCUGAAUUGUCAGCAUUUGCAGAUGCACCAGAAGUCUGAGUUCAUGGUGGAUGUUCUAAUUAAGAAAUGACAGCACUGAGCACCCAGCAGCGUGCCGUGCCAUGACUUAGAGUGUCUCACUCAGUCCGUUUGCAAAAUCUCUCGGCAGAAGCUUCAGCUGUACUUCUUCCUUCCCCCCGCCUUGGGAGGAAUACACGGCUCUUUGCCUUUAAUUCUCUGGUUGAAAUAGGAGAGGGCUCCACCAGCCCGGUGCUUUAAUAGAGGCCGGUGCUGACACCUGUGAAAUCAGCAAGGAGUGUUUACAGACAACAAACUAAAGCAGGACACAGUGACGAGGAUCAGGACAGCGAAGCGCAUGUGCAAAGUACGCGUGAAGCAGAGCGAGGGCUGUCUUGCUUCUCGGAGGAUUUGGGCUGCUGCUUCCAAUUUCAUCCUCGUGUUUGAGCAGCUUCACUGACAAUGUAGCAACGAAUGCAUAGCCCUGCUCAUGGCUUCAGGGCUGAAGAGAACGUGCUUUGAAACAUGGACGUCUGCUGUCCUCAGGAAGCUGUACUGCAUCUCUCUGUCAGGUUUGCGUCUCACCAGGAAGCCCCACUUUACCUACUCUGAUGCACACGUGAAGAAAGGGUCAUCCGGGCUGCAGUUCCUUCCCUCACAUGAUUGUGACAACUCUGCCUGAAUGUGAGGAGAAACACUGGUUAAGUGCUUCUUCUGCAUGACCAUAACCAAAGGGUGACCCAUCCACUCCCUUAUGUCCUAUGGGGACCUCAGAACCAAUUUCUCAGUCUUCAUCUCCUCCUCCUCCUCUUACCACUGCUGCUGACGCCCUGGGUGCUGCUCCCAGGUUUGAAACAUUGUUGACAGGCUGAAGAAAGGAUUUGCAAAGACCUUCUCACUGUGUAAAUAGAGUGAUGGCUGGAAUUAGCUUCAACUCCCCAAAUAAUGAUAUUAAACAAUAAUCAGAUUGCUAGGCCAAGGCAUUACCAGGAACAAAUUAUGAGGAAAGAGACUAUUUGCAUUUGUUUGCAAUGAUGAACUAAAAUCAUCUAUGGAGAGCAGGUACCCUUUGUUUUGCAUGUUUUUGUCUUCAUGAAUGUAGUCAUGAAUCUGAUCAGAUCAGUGGUAGACAUGGGACAUAAAUUAAAAUAAAAGGGCCUAGUGGAUGAAAGAAUAAAGCCUCUGCUGUUCCUUGGUCUAGUUUGAGAGUUUCAUCUUUAAUUUUUAGCAAAACAAAAGGUGGUUGUUUUUUUUUUUUUUCCCCAAACAUUUUGGACAGUAAGAAAAUGCAGAUCUGUGGUUUCCCAGAAGGUAGAUUCAGUGUUGCAACUAUGUUGCCCCGCUCUGUGCCUAGUGCACUGUCCUCCAAAUGCAAAUGGCUUUAAACUUUUUAUGGUGAAAGUUAAGGUCGCACUGUAAAUAAAACAAAAGCUUUUGCACUAAGCAACAAAAAAGCUGCUGCAAAAUGGAGGUUGCAAUGGUGAGUGCAGAUAGCUCUGGCUGCAACAGCCAUAUGCCCUAUGGAUAUGCGGUCCAAGCUCGGGCCCGAGAGAGAGAGCGGCUGGCACAGUCGAGAGCUGCAGCAGCUGCAGCUGUAGCAGCAGCAACUGCAGCAGUAGAAGGGGGGGCAACAGGUGGAGGUGGACCAUAUCACCACUACCACCAGGAACAGAGUCGAGGUGCUUCUUCUCAUGGUGGGAAUGCAUCACGCAGCAGCCUGCCCAACCGCCAGAGUGGUAAGAGAUGGAAGAAAGGGAAGAAGAGGAGCCACCACUUAGGAAGCAGGGAGUGUGGAGCCUCCUUCCCCUGUUCCGAGCUGCUUCCUCUCAGUGGUUCUGAAGAGAGAAUACUGAAGGAUGUGAGUGAGGAGGAAGAGGAGGAUGAAGAUGAGGAUGAAGACGAUGAGGAAGAAGGAAAGCUCUACUACAGUGCUGACUAUGGGGAGGAUGAGUUUUCGUACUCAGACCAGCCUCCUGAUGAUGGUGGAGGCCCUGGGGGUUACAGCUCUGUUCGCUACAGUGAGUACGAGUGUUGCGAGCGUGUGGUGAUCAAUGUGUCAGGACUGCGGUUUGAAACACAGCUGAAGACCUUGGCUCAAUUCCCGGAGACACUGUUGGGUGAUCCAGCGAAGCGAGGCAGAUACUUUGACCCUCUCAGAAAUGAAUACUUCUUUGAUAGGAACCGGCCCAGCUUUGAUGCCAUCCUGUACUACUACCAGAGCGGUGGUCGGCUGAAGAGGCCAGUCAAUGUACCCUUUGACAUCUUCAGCGAGGAGGUGAAAUUCUACCAACUUGGGGAGGAGGCCAUGCUCAAGUUUCGAGAAGAUGAAGGGUUUGUCAAAGAGGAAGAGGACAAAGCUUUGCCAGAGAAUGAGUUUAAGAGGCAGGUCUGGCUACUGUUUGAGUACCCGGAGAGCUCCAGUCCAGCCAGAGGCAUUGCCAUUGUCUCUGUCUUAGUCAUCUUGAUCUCCAUUGUAAUCUUUUGUCUGGAGACUUUGCCGGAGUUUAGAGAUGACAAAGAAUUCAUAAUGUCCCUGAGCUCAGGGAAGGGUCUUUCCAAUGAGUCGCUUCACUUGGAUGCUGGGGAACACACCAUCUUCAACGACCCUUUUUUCAUUGUAGAGACAGUAUGCAUCAUUUGGUUCUCCUUUGAGUUUACGGUGCGCUGCUUUGCAUGUCCAAGCAAAGCACACUUCCUCAAGAACAUCAUGAACAUCAUAGACAUUGUCUCCAUCUUGCCUUACUUCAUUACUCUGGGCACUGACUUGGCGCAGGAGCAGGGCAGCAAUGGUCAACAGGCCAUGUCCUUUGCCAUCCUGAGGAUCAUCCGUCUGGUCAGAGUGUUUCGCAUCUUCAAGCUCUCCAGGCACUCCAAGGGUUUGCAGAUCCUGGGUCACACACUCAGAGCGAGCAUGAGGGAACUCGGCCUCCUCAUUUUUUUCCUUUUUAUUGGAGUAAUUUUGUUUUCCAGUGCUGUUUACUUUGCAGAAGCUGAUGAGCCUGCCACCCAUUUUCAGAGCAUCCCAGAUGCUUUUUGGUGGGCUGUAGUGACCAUGACUACAGUUGGUUAUGGGGACAUGAAACCCAUAACUGUGGGUGGGAAAAUAGUUGGGUCCCUGUGUGCCAUCGCGGGAGUGUUAACCAUUGCUUUACCAGUGCCAGUGAUUGUCUCCAAUUUUAACUAUUUCUACCACAGAGAGACUGAGAACGAAGAGCAAACGCAGCUGAUGCAAAAUGCAGUCAGUUGUCCUUACCUCCCAACAAAUUUACUGAAGAAAUUUAGAAGCUCAUCAUCUUCAUCCACAGAGGAUAAAUCAGAGUAUUUGGAGAUGGAAGAAGGAGUUAAAGAAUCUCUUUGUGUAAAGGAGAAAAAGAGUCAGGACACGGGGAAUAGCAGCGAGUCAGAGAAGAAAAACUGUGUAAAUUCAAAUUCUGUGGAAACUGAUGUGUAAUUUCCAAAUAUAUUUAUUUUAUGUUUCCAAAUAUAUUUAUGCAUUAAAGAGUGCAGUGGAAAUAAUGAAAUAUGCAAAUGAGUCCACAGCAUACAGUAGUAUGCCAUUUAAUGGUUAAAUACAAAUAAAAAAAAAACAUUGUUAAACUUGUAUAACAUAUCAAGUAAGUGAUAUAACUUGAGGAAGGGGUUGCUAGAUCUGAUAUAACUUCAGACUGCAUUUUUUAUUAGAAUGCAAGUGUUUUGCACAUGAGGCUGAAAAAUUUACUAAAACCAAGUGAGUUUUAAAGUGAGUGCAUGAACUGUCGACAUCACUAAUAACAGCUCUGUGGUAGAAGUUGGCAUUCAGAGGUAUUUACUAUGUAAGAAGCAAUGAACUUUGGAAGUCGUUUAUCUAUUUAUCAGUGCUUUAAUAGCAGCUACCAUAAAUCAUUGGAUACCAUAGUCCUGUUUUUGAAAUGGUAAAUUUAUUGUAAAAAGAUACUCUACAGAAGAUAGAUAUAAUUUUUUUUUCUUGGAACCUGUAAUGCUUGUUUUUAACUGGAAAUUUACUUUGAGAAGGCUGCUGAACCUCCAGAAAUGAUUUAUUUUUAUAACUCUCUUUGGAGGCAUUGCAGCAUUUGUUGUCUUAUAAUGAAAGAAAUGAAGUAAGAGAAUUCUUUAGCCUGGUCUGACUGCAAAGGCAAAAUGACUGGAAUGCUUUUUUGCACUACUUUAUAUGCUGGAGUUAUAUUGAAAGAGACUUCAUACUGUGAAUGUUUACUAAUGUAAUAGUUCAAUGACAAUCAUUGGAAGAGUGAUUUCUGCAUCAUAUUUUUUUGCUUUUUUUUGUUUCAUUUUGCUUUUCCUUUAUGUGAUGCUGAUGGCAAAACAGCUAACAUUAUAUCAAUUCCAUACUCUUUUAAUUAUGAAUAUCUGUGAUCUGGAGAAGGAUUGUGAAGUAAAAUUUUAUAAUCAAAAUUACUUGAAA